AUGAUCAAAUACCUCCACCCCAUCUUUGCUGCAGCCUUACUACAGCUAGGCUGGUCCUCGUGGGCAGCUGCAGCAUUCAUCGACUUGCCUCCAAACGGUAUUUUCCUACGGGACGCUUCUGCUUCGUCCUGUGCCGCAAACUAUACCUCGUGCGGUAGCUCAUAUUCCGGGAGCUUUUGCUGCUCGUCAGAUACAACAUGUCUUCGCUUGGAUAGUGGGAGCAGUGUUCUUUGUUGUCCCACGGGUUCCGACUGCACAUUCAUCGAGCCGAUUACGUGUAAUGUGCAGGCGAUGAAUGCCACUGCCAAUCCGACUGCGCCUAUACAAUCCACGAAGCUGAAUGAAGACUUGCCGACCUGUGCGGAAGGUUCCACAACCUCUGCCUCUGGUUCGCCGACGACGGUCGCAUCUGGGGCAACGACACGACCAACUGCCACUGCCACAUCCACGAUUUCCAUUAGCGAUACAGCGCCUACAGCACAUACAACGUCAACAGCAUCAGCAGCAACGGCGACACCAACUACUGCAUUUUCAAACUCAACGCAGACCGAGACAACUGCCAAAUGUCCCCAGUUCCCUGCAACAGCAGUUAUUGCCGGAUUUUUCCCUGGCGCAGUGGCCGGUGCCCUCGCGGCUGCAAUCAUGAUGAUGUGUAGACGACGAGGAGAUCAGAAGAAUCGCGAGAGCACACUUCAAAAGACCCAUCGCUCCUCUGGUGGCACGAUUGUCGGAAUAUCGGAUCCAAUCCUAGAUGACGAAAAUGGCUCUUUCCGCACGGACUUUCUGCUACAGCGAAAAUUGAGCGGUCGAUACCCGACACCAGGAACGGUGGCACGCUCUAAAUCAAUGAUGCGUCGAACCGGUACCCGGGUGAAGAGCAUCUUUGUCGGCACGAAUCAUAGCAGCAACAGUAAUGCUGAAAGCCCGCAAUGGAAUACUGCAACACCGCCUAUGCCCCCAAUGCCGGCUAUGCCUGCUGUAAGAAAGCCACCUGUUACACCCCCGCAUCAGACCGAUAGACCUGGUGGUGGUCCUCGCCAACCGAGCACGGAGAGCAUUAAGGUGUAUUCCCCGCCCAACAUGUUGGGCAUUAGCAGCUUGAACCAGGAUCGGAAUACCACCUUUAGCGAGGUGAUGGAAAAGGCCGGAUUUCAGAAUGCGAAGGGUGAACCAUCGUUCAGGGUGACCGAGACCCCUGUUCAGGGUAAUAGUCCAUUGCGGAAGAACUAGACCUUUUUCCGAUCAUUCUUUUUCCAUAUCGCAUCUAAUACCUGUAUGUAAUCGCAUAUAAUCAUCUUAGCGUUUUCAUAAUGUAUAACCGUUUGUUAAUAGCAUGUUGUGCGUAUAAACUGAGAU